UUUGUUUUUUGCUGUCUUUUUUUCUGCUUGUAGGUCCAUCACUACCAAUGGCAACUGUUGACAUUAAAAAUCCAGAAAUUACAAAUAUGAGGUAUAACCAUUCUCAAGUCAACAAUAUAAUGCAUAGCCAUAAAAAAGAGAAGAUAAAAGGAAAAGGUAAAAGGAAAAAGUUAACAAAAGCGGACAUUGGCACUCCCAGUAACUUCCAGCAUAUUGGUCAUGUUGGUUGGGAUCCAAACACAGGCUUUGACGUUAACAAUUUGGACCCUGAACUGAAAAAUCUGUUUGAUUUAUGUGGAAUUUCUGAGGCUCAGCUGAAAGACAAAGAAACGUCAAAAGCUAUUUAUGAUUUUAUAGAAAAGAAAGGAGGCGUAGAAGCUGUGAAAAAUGAGCUGCGAAGACAAGCACCUCCACCACCUCCUUCACGAGGUGGUGUCCCUCCCCCUCCUCCCCCUCCACAUUCUUCAGGACCACCACCACCACCUCCCCCUGCAAGAGGCAGAGGUGUUCCACCACCUCCCCCUUCCAGAGCACCAAAUGUAGCACCACCACCUCCACCUCCUUCCAGACCAGGAACAGGAGCUCCACCUCCACCCCCACCCCCUACAAGAGGCCAUCUUCCACCUCCACCACCACCAAAUCCUUGCUCCUUUGUUUCUUCUGGUCCCCCACCCCCACCACCUCCUCCUUCCUCUGGUCCAGCAGGAACAGGUCUGAGUGGACCACCUCCCCCUCCUCCUCCUCCACCUGCUGGUCCUCCUCCACCUCCUGUGCCGGGUAUGGACAAUGACAUCAUUUCUCCAUUGGGAAACAAAUCUGCUCUAUUGGAUCAAAUCAAGGAAGGGACACAGCUCAGAAAAGUAGAACAGAACAACAGGCCUGCAUCCAGUACAGGAAGAGAUGCACUCUUAGAGCAGAUAAGGCAGGGCAUUCAGCUAAAGACAGUAACUGAUGGUCCAGAGUCUGCUCCUUCUACUCCAGGCCCCACAGCAGGAAUUGUAGGAGCAUUAAUGGAAGUAAUGCAGAAAAGGAAUAAAGCCAUUCACUCUUCAGAUGAAGAUGAAGAUGAAGAUGAUGAGGAAGAUUUUGAAGAUGAUGAUGAGUGGGAGGACUAGAUACUCAAAGCAGAAGAAUCUCCACAAAAAUAGACCUUACACUUGUUAAAAUUAUAAUGUACAUUUUUUCUCAAUUUGCUGUAUAUUUUUGUUGCCUUUUUGCUUUUCUGUUAAUCUGUGCAAUACCUCAUUUAAUCUGUAAAGGUUUGUCAUUUUAUGUAAAGUUACUCUUUAUUAAUUUGUGCAAUUUUCCUUCACAACAAAUACACUUGUAGGUUUGAAUGUUAUUUACUUUGAUGAAGUUAUGAGAAUGAAAAGCAUUGAUUAAACUUACAGAGAGUAA